AUGAGUCCAUCAUCAAAGGAUCAGAAGGAAAGAAAGCCAAAGACCCCAGUGCCGACCCCUCCUUGGUCGGUGAGAGCUCUAUCAUGGCUAGCAGGAGGUCACCCAGUCAAGGUUGUGUAUAGAGUGAAGGAGGUGCCCAAACCCAAAACCAAUGAUCCCAAGCCUGAUGAUCCCAAGCCUGAUGAUCCCAAGCCUGAUGAUCCACCUGAAGGGGGAUCUGGCAAGCCAACUGAAGAGGAGCCGGAGAAGCCAGCUGAGGGAGCUUAA